AUGGACAACUAUCCUCCGCGUCUGGUAAACGAUUCCUCGGUGAUGGCAGAGCUGGAUGACCACACUGCGAGCGCCCUUGGCCGAGCACGGCCCCGACGACAUGAUGACGAAGACGACGGAUCUGAAUUCAUGGAGGAUGACGAUUUGGAGAGCACGGUCGGUGGUCCGGCAAACGGACACCAGAAGGGUCAAGGACAUUCGGAAGAGGAGAAGGAGCUUCCCGUUCACGCGUGCGCGUACUGUGGCAUCCACAACCCCAGCAGCGUCGUCAAAUGUCUUUCGUGUAACAAGUGGUUCUGCAGCGCCCGUGGCAACACAUCCUCUUCCCAUAUCGUCAAUCAUCUGGUCCGCGCGCGUCAUAAGGAGGUCCAGUUGCACCCAGCCUCGUCUCUCGGUGAUACAAUUCUCGAAUGUUACAACUGCGGCACGAAGAACGUCUUCCUGCUUGGUUUCAUUCCCGCAAAGUCGGAUACAGUGGUUGUUCUUCUCUGCCGACAGCCAUGUGCCGCUAUGCCGUCUUCAAAGGAUAUGAACUGGGAUACCUCGCGCUGGCAGCCGCUGAUCGAGGACCGCUCUUUCCUGCCAUGGCUUGUGGGUGCGCCCACUGACCAAGAACAGCUCCGUGCUCGCCACCUUAGUCCUCAACUGAUCGCCAAACUGGAGGAAAUGUGGAAGGAGAAUUCCCAGGCAACUCUGGAAGAUCUGGAGAAAGCUACGGCGGUGGAUGACGAGCCUGCCCCAGUCCUGCUACGCUACGACGAUGCUUUCCAAUACCAGAAUAUUUUCGGACCUCUCGUUAAGAUCGAGGCUGAUUACGACCGCAAGUUGAAGGAGUCGCAGUCGCAGGAUGGUCUGAUUGUGCGCUGGGACCUCGGACUUAAUAACAAGCACCUUGCAAGUUUCGUCCUUCCCAAGCUUGAACUCGGAGAUGUGAAGCUUGCUGUUGGCGAUGAGAUGCGCUUGAAGUACAACGGUGAACUGCGUUCCAAAUGGGAAGGAGUUGGCUAUGUUAUCAAGAUCCCCAACAACCAGUCUGACGAAGUCACAAUUGAGCUGCGCUCCAAGGGCGACCAUAAGUCAGUGCCUACUGAAUGCACUCACAACUUCACCGCGGACUACGUCUGGAAAUCUACUUCUUUUGACCGCAUGCAAUUUGCUAUGAAGACCUUCGCCGUGGAUGAGAUGAGCGUUUCUGGCUACAUUUUCCACCGCCUUCUCGGCCACGAGGUCGCUGCGGCCCCUAUGAAGACCCAGAUCCCCAAGAAAUACAGUGUUCCUGGUCUGCCAGAUCUGAACAGCAGUCAAAUCAAUGCUGUAAAGAGCGUUCUGCAGCGCCCAUUGAGCUUGAUCCAGGGUCCUCCUGGUACUGGUAAGACUGUGACCUCGGCCACUAUCAUAUACCAUCUUGCGAAGCUCAAUGGCGGCCAGGUCUUGGUUUGUGCUCCAUCCAACGUUGCGGUUGACCAGCUUUGUGAGCGUAUCCACCGUACUGGUCUCAAGACAGUGCGAGUGACUGCCAAGUCUCGUGAGGAUGUCGAGUCCCCCGUCGGCUUCCUUUCUUUGCAUGAGCAAGUGCGCAUGAACGAUAGCAACAUCGAACUGGUGAAGCUGAACCAACUGAAGGGUGAACUGGGCGAACUUUCCAGUCAGGAUGAAAAGCGUCUGAAGCAGCUGACUCGGUCCGCCGAGCGUGAGAUCCUGAACAACGCUGACGUUAUCUGCUGCACUUGUGUUGGUGCAGGUGAUCCUCGCCUUGCUAAGUUAAAGUUCCGCACGGUCCUGAUUGAUGAGUCGACCCAGUCUGCGGAGCCCGAGUGUAUGAUUCCCCUUGUUCUGGGCUGCAAACAGGUCGUGCUGGUUGGUGACCACCAGCAGCUUGGCCCUGUCAUCAUGAACAAAAAGGCAGCCAAGGCGGGUCUAAACCAGUCCCUCUUUGAACGUCUCGUUAUCCUGGGAUGCGCACCAAUUCGUCUGAACGUCCAGUAUCGUAUGCACCCGUGCCUGUCGGAAUUCCCAUCGAACAUGUUCUACGAAGGCUCCCUUCAGAACGGUAUCACGAUUCAAGACCGCCUCCGCCGUGAUGUGGACUUCCCCUGGCCUGUUAUUGACAUGCCUAUGAUGUUCUGGUCUAACCUGGGCAACGAGGAAAUCUCCGCAUCUGGUACUUCGUACCUCAACCGUACCGAAGCCACCAAUGUCGAGAAAAUUGUUACCCGCUUCUUUAAGGCUGGCGUCCAACCCAGGGACAUUGGUAUCAUCACUCCAUACGAGGGACAGCGCAGCUACAUUGUCAGUUCCAUGCAGGCCAAUGGCACGUUCAAGAAGGAGCACUACAAGGAAAUUGAAGUGGCAUCUGUGGAUGCGUUCCAGGGCCGAGAGAAGGACUACAUUAUUCUCUCUUGCGUGCGUUCCAACGACCACCAGGGUAUCGGUUUCUUGAGCGAUCCCCGUCGUCUCAACGUAGCCCUUACUCGAGCUCGGUAUGGUCUGGUUAUCCUUGGUAACCCGAAGGUCCUUUCCAAGCAUCCCCUGUGGAACUGCCUCUUGCAGCACUUCAAGGAGGCUCACUGUCUCGUGGAGGGGCCUCUGUCUAACCUGCAGGAGUCUCUGAUCCAAUUCAGUCGGCCCAAGCAGGCCUAUCGGGGUCCCCAGCGUUUCCAGAUGUCGUUCAACCAAGCUUCUAAUGCUACUAGCGGCGCCACGAACGGCCGCAACGGCCAGCGCGACGAGUAUCACGAUUCGGGCUCCGUGGUUGGCUAUAUCCCCGACGACGUGUCCUCGGUCCACUCCUCCGCUCUGGGUGGAGUUGGUCUUCCCUCCGGAUACCCCCCGAUGUUCCAGAACUUUGCCGACCAGUGGCCCUCUAUCUCGGGUGGCCGUCGACCCAAUGGUGGACGUGCCAAGGGCGCUCCCAGCGUUGCUGGGGAGUCUGUUGCUGCUACCGAGUCCGAUAUUAAUGGCAGCAUCGCCGACGGACGCAGCGUCGACCAAGGUGGCGUUAGCCUGACUGAUACUCUCAACCGCCUGAACAUCCACGACAUGAACAAGCAGCCUAGCCUCAGCCAGUCCGACCGCCUGAAGCGCUACGUGGAGUCCGGCGGCCGCGAGCCCUACCGUCCUGGUGUUCCCGACAACGGUAGCAUCUUCGGGGGCAGCUCUGCUAGUCUUCGUGUCACUCCCCGCGGCCCUCCUGGCCACAACAUUCACGACGAUGAUGACGCGCGCAGUGUUUCCACCGCGUUCGCUAGCCAGGUCGGCGGAAACUACGAUUGA